AUGUACUGUUCCCCAGAGUGCCAGAAGGCUGCAUGGAAGCAACAUAAGAAGGUUUGCCGUGAUGCACCCGUCUUGAAGUCAACGCCGCCAGACGCGCUUGUCGAUGGAGUCCGCGUCAAGGGCCCCAUCUUCCAUCCCGAGAACGUCACGAUUGCGCCCGACCAUCCCGUCUGGACGAAGGGCACAGUGUCUCCUAUAUCUCAACUCAUUGACUUUCCUAUCUUGAUUCACCGCGACGAGCCAGAGCAUGGGUUAAACGUGGCUAAUAUCGAGAGCAGGGAUAUCCAGUCUAUCACGUAUCUCAUGAUCAAGCCAGAGAUUGGAUUUGCUGACAUGCGUUGGCAGAAGAACGUCGGCACUUGCACAGUCGUGCGGGCGGACCAGAAACAUCUGACGCACGUCGCACUUGAGAUGAUCUGGAUGUACUGUGACAAAAUCCUUAAUGUCUUUGGCGAGGCCGGCCCACCAGCACCAUAUAAGAUGUACAACUCGCAGGCCUUCCACGCCUUUUGUCAGCAGUACAAGGAAGAGUACACGCAGAUUCCAACACGCAGAGCCGAGUUUGAGAGCUUGGUCCUACCGCUCCAGUGA